CACGACAGUGUAAUUAAGGGAACUAUCUGUAUGACUCUGCUGCGCGGCUUUAUACUUCCUGGUGACGUGAGGGUCUACGCCGGAAGUUGCGUCGUGCGUGCGCCUCCACUCGGAGUCCGUGAGGCGUUCGACUGUGGGUUUUUUUCCUCAUGGGGAAGAAGACGCGGGGGGCGCCGGGUCGAAGACCCAUUUUACAGCUUUCCCCGCCGGGACCGCGCGCUGUGAGUCGAGAAGGGACCGGAUCUGGAUCUGAAGACGACGGUGAUGCCCAGAAAAUGGCUCCUCCCACAGGCAUCCCUGAACGGCAGCCCACAGUUGUUAAACCAACCGGUGGCCUCUGUUUGCUGGGUGCUUACACAGACAGCGAUGAAGAAGAGGCCGACUCUCCUGUGAAAGCCGCAGUAGGGUCUUCUGCAAAGGCCAACACGUCUACAGAUAUUGACAGCACCUUGGCUAAUUUCCUUGCGGAGAUUGAUGCUAUUACUGCUCCACCCCCACCUGAUGGCAAUGCCACUGUCACAUCAACUGCACCUCCUCCAACACCACCAAGACCGGAUCCCAAAGACUCCCAUUCUUCAUCCACUGCAGCACAUAAUGGAGGAGACCAGACUUUGGCAGGGCAUGCAUGGCACUUUGAUACUCAGUGCUCUCUGGCUGGAGUUGAAAUCGAGAUGGGAGAUUGGCAGGAAGCGUGGGAUGAAAACACUGGCUGUUAUUAUUACUGGAACACUCGGACCAAUGAAGUGACAUGGGAACUACCCCAGUGUCUCGCCACACAAGUUCAGGGGACUCAAGGCUACACAGACGGCACUACUGUUGGGGCGUCUGAGGUUUCCAGCGGGUCUUCUAAGGAGGCCAAAGAUGAAACUGUAGGGAACAUUGCUUCCAGUUUACCCCUGAUCAUUAAGAAAGAAGUAAAGAAGGAGGUGAAUGAGGCCGUUCUGGCCAUUUCCAACAAGGAGGAGGAAAAAGUGGGCGUGGCUGCUUCUCUAUUGGCUCCACUCUUACCGGAUACAAUAAAAGAAGAGGAGGAACGGUGGCGCAGGAAAGUUAUCCUUAAUGAGGAUAUCGGAGAAGCUGCUUCAGAAGAAGAUGAUGAUGAGCUGGCCGCCACCUGCACAGACCGAGCAUUACCUGGACAGAAUACAGACGAGGCUGCUCAAGAAGACCUCUGUAGCACAGUGCAGUCAGGAGAGAGUGAUGAAGAGAUUGAGGAGCAGGACACUCUAGAGCUGGAAAUGGUGUUAGAAAGGAAGAGGGCAGAACUGCGAGCAUUGGAAGAGGGAGAUAUGAGUGUAUCUGGGUCAAGUCCAUGCUCUGAUUUCAGUCAGUCGGAGGAAGCUCAGAAAGCAAAACCAAAAAGCAAGUGGAAGGUGUUUGUUCCCACAGCCAGUCCUGAGUCAACGAGCCGCAGUUCCAGCAAAACCGGUCGAGAGUCUCCUGAGACAGAACUUGGUGCCGAGGCUCCGGAGGGCUCUGUGUCUGGAAAGGAGCCAGAGAAUGGAGACGUAAAGGCAAAAGUGCCUCCAAAAGUAGAGGAAGAGGAAAAUGACGAUUUGAAGUUCCAGAUUGGAGAGCUGGCUAACAGUCUGAUCAGUAAACUGGAAUUCCUUGGUAUUAACAGACAAUCUGUGUCUAAUUUCCACGUACUGCUGUUUCAAACAGAGACACGGAUCUCAGACUGGAGAGAAGGAGCACUGAGUGGAAACUACUUGAAACGCAAACUCCAAGAUGCAACGGAACAAAUAAAACAGUAUGAAAUUAACGCCACCCCUAAAGGCUGGUCCUGCCACUGGGACAGGGAUCAUAGGCGUUAUUUCUAUGUUCAUGAAAUCUCUGGAGAGUCCCAGUGGGAAUUUCCUGAAGUGGAAGAGGAAGAGGGGGGUGCAGCAUCCCAAAGCAAAUCUGAAAGCAUUAAGGUCGAAAGUGCCCCAGCUCUUCCUGUGGAACCAAUAGAGAACGUUUCAGCUUCUGUCCCUACUAAAGCAAUGGCUGCUCCUCCUGUACCAGUGACUCCAUACUGGGAGCUCAUUCAGCCACCGCUACCACCGCUACCCUUAGAAGUACCUCUGCCCCCGCCCCCUCCACCGCCAGAGUCUCCGCCUCCUCUACCGCCUCCACCCCCCUCUCCCCCACCCCUUCCUCCUAUUGAGGAUGGUGAGAUUGAAGAGGUAGAAAUGGAAGAAUAUAACGGCAAUGAGCCUCCUGCACCGGGAACAGAAGAGCCCCCUGUGAAAUUGGUGGAAACCGAACUACAGCCCUCCAAGACUAAAAGCGAUUCUGUGAUUUCUGGCAAAGCCACAAAGCGGAAAGCAGUCACCACAGACAUGUUUGCAGAGCAAAGCGUAACCAUCGGCAGCUGCCCAGUUCUUUAUACUCAGCAGUCCCUGCCUGCAGUAACAACAAUGAACCUUCCAGCCAGUUACAUGGGGCUCCCGCUUCAGGUUGCUGCACCUGUAGUGAUGAGCUCUAUAGAUUACUCCAUGCAGAGCACUGCCCUGCUACCUGCCCUCCCUCAUGUAAUGCCCCACAGACUUAUCUCUGCAACCGCUGCACUGGAGCAACCGGCUUCACCGCAGCCUCCAGCUCAGACAACACACGGCAAAUCUCAACCCACAGAAAAACCGAAGAAGAUGAAAAAAGAAAAGGUUAAAAAGAGCAAGAUCAAGAUGCCGUCCUUGGUGCAGAAAUGGCAGAGCAUACAGAGGGAACUAGACGAGGAGGAAAACUCGAGCUCCAGUGAAGAAGACCGAGAUGUUGUAAACCAUAAACGCAUUGAAGAAUGGAAGAUCCAGCAGUUCACCAGCGGCAUGGCGGGGAAGAAUGCAAAUUUUGAAGCCCUGCCCGACGACUGGAGGGAGAGACUGAAGAGGCGAAAAAUGGCUCCGAGCUCGUGACCCUCCUGUUGUUUACAAUUGUAUAUUCCCAUAACUGAUACUGUAACUUGCGUCCCCUUUCUACCAGUGUUCACUUGUUCCAGUUGGAGUAGCACUUACAUUUGUUUAUACAUCAUGUUUCAACUUUGUCUGUUCUUUCCGGGUUCUUGUGCGGUUUUCCUUCAGUUCCAGUUUGUACUUCGCUGCAAAAAGGUAACGCGAUAACAGCCGCUGGAAAGCCACAGGUUAAAUCCCGUUUCGAACAGCUGCUUUUUUCAGUUGUUACUGUUCUGCUCCUGACCCUGCAUACUUAGCCGCUACCCGACCCGCAAGUACCUUAUCCGCAACCCGACCCACUGACCAUCAAGAAACAGGAAGUGCUGUUAUUGUAAACCGGAAGUGACAUCACUAGAAGUGGGUGUGAUCAGAGUAAAACAGGAAGUGCCCUGAAAAAAAGGAGUAAAACUCGCUAUUGAAAAGACCAGAGACCCGCAAACCCGGGGAACCACCGACCCGCAAACCCGGGGAACCACCGACCCGCAAACCCGAGGAACCACCGACCCGCAAACCCGAGGAACCACCGACCCGCAAACCCGAGGAACCACCGACCCGCAAACCCGAGGAACCACCGACCCGCAAACCCGAGGAACCACCGACCCUCGUCUAUACCGGCUCCCGAAACUUCUACCUGCAGGGUACCUCAGGUUUUUGUGGGUAACCCGCGGGUACCUGACCCGCUGCAGGGCUCUAGUGCAGAUUCAGCAAACACACGUCGCAUGUAGUAAAUUCUCCCCCAGCUGAGAAACGCCAGUGUCUGCCUCCUGCAACGUGACUUCAGUGGGAAAUGCGUUGGAAAUGCGGAAUGCGGUGUUGCUACCUGAGCUCCCAUGCAUUUCCUGUUGAACUGAGCGUUAACCAUUCGGAGGUGUUUCUCUGCCAGUGGAGAAUCCGCUGAGUGUGACAUUAAAGCCUUGGGGUUUUGCUUUUUUUUUUUUCUUCAAUUUAAGCAAUUUAUGAGCUUUCUUUUAAAUCCUAAACCUUCUUAGGAGAAAAGUUAUUCCUGAACACGUUUUCGUUUAAAGACUCAAAUCACAGCCGUAUAGUAGGAUUAAGGUUAUGGGAUAGAAAAGCCAUUUCCUAAAACCUAUUUUUUUUUUUUUUUUUUUUGUUUCCUCCAGUAGAGAAAAGGGACAAAUAAAUGAGGCUAUUGGCUUUCCCAAAGGUAAAAUGGAGUCAAAUCGAAGAUAACAUGUACAACUCAAAAAAUACCUUAAAAAAAAAAAUUAAAAAAAAGUAAGUUUUGUGUUUGGGGACUAAUCUCCCCAAACUGCCUCCCGCCGGCUAGAAUGAAAAUCGCCGGAUGGAAAAUCUAUUCGUUUUCUGAAGUCGCCUGAAGUUUUCUCGUGAGGCGACUUCGGAAAAAGAAGCGCACCAAUUGCCAUUCCGCCGGCGAUUUACUUUCUAGCUGGUAGGAGGCGUUUGAGGAGAUUAGUUGCCCCGAAGAAGGAGAUUUGUUAAUGGGUGACUAAUCUCCCCUAAUCUGACCGUGUGUCUCUGCCCUUAGUCGCCCGCCGACAAAUCUCUUUGGGGCGACUUAUCUCCCUGCCUUCUGCCGUCUAGAAUGAAAAUCGCUUUGUUUUCCAAAGUCGCCCGAAGUUUCCUUGUGAGGCAACUUCGGAAAACGAAGCACUCUGUGUCUUCCUUCAGGUGAUUUUCAUUCUAGCCGACGGGAUGGCAGGGGAAUGCAGUUUGGGGAGAUAAGUCGCCCCAAUGAGGAGAUUUGUCGAUUGGCGACUUAUUUCCCCGAAUCUGACAGUGCGUCUCUGCCCUAAGAGAAAAAUAUUUUUUUUUACCAUUUAUGUAAUUAUUUGCAUUCUAUACUAAGCUGCUCACUUAAGGGGUGUUUUCAUCUACUGGUGCAUUUGGAUAUUUAUGGUACAUUUGAUCAUUUCCACGAUGAAUCAAUAAUGGUUUAAAGGCUUCAUAUCUGUGCCAGGAACAGUGGCUGCUUGUAAGGGAAUGAGGAACUUGUAUUUUUUUAAAUUGCUUUUUUGUUUUGUUUUCCUCCUUGUACAUUUUGUAAAUAUUAAUAAACUGCAUUUUUACUUA